AUGGUGGCUACCAGAAGUAUUGUGAUUUUGUUGCUUUGUAUUACUGUUGUUACUCCGAUUCUGCUUUACACUGAUCGUCUUACAACCUUCAAUUACUCCUCCGCUCACCGGGAGUUUGUUGAAGAUGUAACUACUUUUGCUGUCGGUGGAGUAGGCUCUAGCCAUUUGAAUUUGCUACCUGAGGAGACCUCUACUAUCCUUAAGGAACCGAUUGGGGUUGUAUAUUCAGAGAACUCUUCAAACAGUAACAAUUUGCUUCGAGGGGAACGUGUAGUAUCCAGGGUAUUGUCAGCUACAAAUGAGGAAGUUCGAGUUAAAGGGGAGAACUCCAUCAAACUGGUGACAGAUGGUGAAGAUGCUAUUGAUGCUGAAGACAAUGAUGAGAAACUUACUAGAUCAUCUAAUGCUUCUAAUCAAGCAUCUGAAGUUAUACUUACUAAGCAAGGGAAACAGCAUAUUGAAUCUUCUAGCAAAGUAAACAAUAUCAAGCAUAGUGACGAUACACCGCCUGAUGCUCGGGUACGGAAACUAAAGGAUCAGCUCAUCCAAGCUAAAGUUUAUCUUUCCCUUCAGGCAGUUAGGAACAUUCCCCAUCUCACUCGGGAGCUUCGGCUACGGGUAAAGGAAGUUUCACGAACAAUUGGAGAGGCAAGCCAAGAUUCCAACUUGCCAAGGAAUGCAAAUGAGAGAAUGAACGCAAUGGAGCAAUCAUUGAUGAAAGCAAGGCAAAUUCAAGAUGAUUGUACCACAUCUGUGAAGAAGCUUAGGGCUAUGCUCCACUCAUCAGAGGACCAGCUUCGCGUGCACAAGAAACAAACCUUGUUCUUAACACAGUUGACAGCCAAAACACUGCCUAAAGGUCUCCACUGUCUUCCGUUGCGCCUUACAACUGAAUACUAUAGCUUGAACUCUUCUCAGCAACAAUUCCCCAAUCAAGAGAAGCUAGAGGACCCUGGGCUAUACCAUUAUGCAAUAUUCUCAGAUAACAUAUUGGCAACAGCUGUUGUUGUGAAUUCUACUGCUGCCCAUGCUAAGAACUCCUCCAAACAUGUUUUCCACAUUGUAACUGAUAGGCUCAAUUAUGCUGCAAUGAGGAUGUGGUUUUUGGCAAAUCCACCUGGGAAGGCGGCAGUUCAAGUUCAAAACAUUGAAGAUUUUGCAUGGUUGAAUUCGAGUUACAGUCCAGUUCUUAAGCAGUUAAGUUCUCCUUCAAUGAUAGAUUAUUACUUUAGGGCUCACCGUGCUUCUUCUGAUUCAAACCUCAAGUUUCGGAAUCCUAAGUAUUUAUCAAUGUUGAAUCACCUCCGCUUCUACUUGCCUGAAAUAUUUCCAAACCUCAAGAAAGUGCUGUUUUUGGAUGACGAUGUAAUUGUGCAGAAGGAUCUUACUGGUCUUUGGUCAAUUAAUUUGAAGGGAAACGUAAAUGGUGCUGUCGAAACUUGUACAGAAAGUUUUCAUCGGUUUGAUCGUUACCUCAACUUCUCAAAUCCUCUAAUUGCAAAGAAUUUCGACCCCCGUGCUUGUGGAUGGGCAUAUGGUAUGAAUGUUUUUGAUCUAGUCGAAUGGAAGAAGCAAAACAUCACAGAGGUGUACCAUAACUGGCAGAAGCUGAAUCAUAAUAGACAACUAUGGAAGUUAGGAACCCUGCCACCCGGUCUUAUAACAUUUUGGAAACGCACUUUUCCGCUGAACCGAUCUUGGCACGUCUUAGGUCUUGGCUACAACCCCAAUGUCAACCUAAAAGAUAUUGAAAGGGCAGCUGUAAUACACUAUAACGGAAACAUGAAACCGUGGCUUGAGAUAAGUAUUCCGAAAUUUCGUGGUUAUUGGUCGAAAUAUGUUGAUUAUAAUAUUGUGUAUUUGAGAGAAUGCAACAUCAAUCCAUAA